AUGGAAGAUGCCAGCCCUGUGUCAGACCGAAUUCCUGACUAUUGGACCAAGAAGCCUAAGUUUGGUUCCUGGCUCUGUCACUUCAACUGUGUGACCUUAGAUGGUUCACAUAACCUCUUUGAGCUUCAGUUUCUUCAGCUCAAACGUCCCUCCACUCCCGGGAGCGUGGGUGGAGGCGAGACAAAGGGGGCGGGGGCGGGGCGAGGUGAGGGGGAGAAGGCCGGAAGUGCGGCCAAGGCGGAGGCGGGAAAUUCCGCGCAGGGGGAGCUCGGAGAUCGCGCAGACCUGGAUCCCGCUCCAGGGACCGAAUAUCCGCGGACAAGCGGCUUCCCCUCUCUGGGCCCCAAUUUCCUCCUCGGUGAAACAAGCAGAGAGCGUUCACCGGGCUGGAUUGAGAGCCCAGCGGCCGUGGUGAGGGGCGGCGGGCGAGGGGCGCCCCUCCCUCCUUUGGGCCCCUGCUUCCCUGCGGGCACCGCCCCCUCCCGGGUUCUGAGGCCGCGAGUCGGCCAGUGCGCAUGCCCGGGGCGGGGCGCGGGGCUGGAGCGCGGAGCCGGCGCGGGGGACGGCGUAGCGGAGUCCGCGGUCCGCCCGCCAGCCCUGCCGGAGGCAGCCGAGGCAGCUCGGGCGGCGGCGGUGGUGGUAGCGGUGGCGGUGACGGGAGCCGGAGCGCAGCGCGCCGAGGAGACGGAACGGCGGCACAGCCGGGCUCUCUGUCCCAAUCCUGGACCUUAUCCCAUAUCAGAGAAUUGUGAGCUGAGAACUAAGAAGCCGGCCUCUUCCCGGAGGACUUUUGGAAGGGGUAUGUUACCAGCUGGGCCAUGCCUGCCUCUUGGAACCUCAGUUUCCUUCUCUGGAAAAACCAGACAGAAACCUGGGGCCCAAGCAUGGUCAUGAGGGCAGUUGGGCAGCGCUGAAGACCCAGCCUGGCUCCAGCUGCUUCGAAAGGACUCCAGCCCCCCAGGACCCCAGCCCACAGCCCUCUGCUGCCCAC